AUGAAUUAUGGUUUGAGUUCUAAUCAAUUCGAUUGGGUUGCGUAUAAUGAGCAAAUACUUGAAGAAGACAACGAAGCAGAUGCACUUGCUCGUCUACACUAUGAAGUAGCCGUUAAUCAAGAGGAUGUACACGGUGGCUCUAUUCCUAGACGCAAAUAUAAACCUCGCGACCGAAAAGGUAAACACGAACAACUCAUGAAUGAUUACUUCAUUGACAACCCUGUUUUUGUCGCAGAUGAUUUCAGACGCUGGUUCCGAAUGAAGCGUGAUUUACUAUUACGUUUGGUUGAAGACUGCGAGCGCUCGAAUUCAUAUUUUCAAAGAAAAUUUGAUAGGGCCCACAAAUUAGGAUUCUCAUCACUCCAAAAGGUUACAGUUGCUAUGCGAAUGUUGGCUUACGCAUACUCCGCUGAUUCAGUUGACGAAACUUUCCAUAUGGCAGAGACGACCGCAACCGAGACCUUGCGCAAAUUUUGCAAAACUAUUUUGCGGUUGUAUAAAGAUGAGUACCUUCGUGCUCCGACAAACACAUAUAUGACAAGGCUACUUGACAAAGCGGAACGACGCGGGUUCCCUGGAAUGAUCGGUUCACUAGACUGUAUGCACUGGACAUGGAAAAGUUGUCCAACUGCAUGGCAGGGGAGCUUUUCGGGGAGAAAACAUGAACCCAUAAUGAUUCUCGAAGCAGUGGCUUCAUCCAAUACUUUGAUAUGGCAUGUAUUCUUUGGCGUACCCGGUUCACAAAACGAUAUCACUGUCUUGUGUUGUUCACCCUUGUUCGACAACCUUGUUCAGGGAAUUUCCCAAGAGUUUACUAUCAGGUAA